UUUUGUUCAAAAAAAUAAAAAGAAAAAAAAAUCCAGCCUUAUGCCCCCGCCCUAACCCCUUCCUUUCAGAUUUCAGAAAGCACUCAGGGGAGCGAGCCUGUGCCCCCGCAACCCUAGCCUCCACCACCGCCGCAUGGAGUGAGCCAUUGCCGCCGUUCGUCGCACUCAGGGGCUUCUCUCUUCCUCCUGUCGGCGUUCUUGAAGUCUCCAACCCCUGUUCGCUCCCAGACUCACCAAUCGCAGGCGCGCAGCUUCUUCCUCGAGCGUCCGUCGUCUUCGUCUGCUCUCUGCUCGCCGCGUCUUCGUCUACUGACUUUGCUCGCCCUCGUGCUCGCCGUCUCAGACCGAAGAGGAAGAGGAAAUUUGAUGAGUAUGAAAAUGAAAGUAAAUUAGCCUCUACUUUUGGAUCAAUCACAGGAGAGAAAUAUGAUAUCCAAAAUGCCAAAAAUCAGAGAAAAGGUGAGUCCUCUUGUCUUUCACUCCAUUCCCUAGAAAGUUGGGGUCAUUCAGCAAUACAUGAAGAUGUUCUUUCUUCUUUAAAUGAUUGCUCAAAGUGUUGCAGUCUUAGUAAAAUGACAAACCCAAUGAUCAAAUGGAACUUGAAAAGCCAUAGUGAAGAUCUAGUAACUAAUAGUAGUUGUCCUAAUAGUAUCGCGACAUCUAACAAUGACGAAACGAAUCAAGAAUUCUGGAAUGACGUUUCGAGCGAGGCUUCGCAUUCGAUGAGGUCAAACAAGGAAGCCAAGAAACUUAAUUUUCCAAGAUUUGUUAUUCCGAUCGGGCCUAGAUUUCAAGCUGAAGUUCCAAGAUGGGAAGGCGCAACUACUCGAAGGCAUAAUAGUUGUGAUGAUAUGAAAUGGUUAGGCACUCAAGCUUGGCCAAUCCUGGGAAUCACAAAAUCGAAUAGAAUGUGUGUUAGAAAAGGUAGGUCUGAUUCAUGUUCUUGUGAUGACCCAGGAUCAAUUGAAUGUGUUGAAGAACACAUCAAUGAAUCAAGAAAACGCCUAGAAUUAGAGAUUGGUACAACUUUUCAAAGUUGGAAGUUUCAUGAGAUGGGAAAAGAUGUAUCAAAGUCAUGGACAUUUGAAGAAGAAAAGGAAUUUGAAAAUCUUGCAAGAUCAAAUUUGCAAUCAGAUGAAACAAACUUUUGGGAUCUUGCUAUGGAGCACUUCCCAAACAAAACAAUGAAGAGCAUGAUUAAUUACUAUUAUAAUGUCUACAUCCCUAGGCGCUUGAGCAUGGAAACAAGAGCUUCUUCUAGUGCAGUUGAUAGUGACAAUGAUCAAAGUGAGGUCUACAAGAAUGAUGAUGGAGGUUCAACUACUAAGAUGCGCAUUGUUCCAAUGUGCAAAUUCCUCAAAUCAAGGACUAAAAGUUGCCAGGUAAGCAAGUUUAAGAGUAAUCAAGUAGGUACUAAGUCAAGUGGGAUGGAGUCAACAUUGGGUUGACUAUUAUGAGGUCAAACCCAAGGGCUCCGUUAAAGUUGGUUGAUUCUUUAUGAAUUGGCCGGGUCAUCAAUGUUUUGUGCUUCAAAUGUACUUAUCUUGGUCUUUCUUUUGUAUAAGUUUGCCUCUAAAUAUCCUUCGAUAGUCUAAUGGAUGUUGCAAAUUGAAUCAAAAUGUGAAUACUUUACCAACAUGAGAUUGGUUAAAGUAUAAAUUUCUUGAUUCGAGCCUUUCAAACAAAACAAAGACUUUGUUGGAAAACAUAUAACCCCUUCUUCUUCUAACACCUUACCUGGCUCUUAUCAGAUCGAAUCAGAUUAGUCGAUUUCUAAUAUUGUUGGUACAUGCAAAAAAUAGGCCACUUCUCUUUUUGUUUAAUUUUUCGUGAAGUUAAAUACUUGUCAGAGUCAGGGGGCUAGCCCAUUGUUCUAUAAUUGCCACAUAAAGGAUAUAACGAGUAGAAAUACCCUCUUUUAACUUCUAUUUUGGGAUUGAAUACCUUUCAUAAGAAAAAAAGUGACAAUUUUUCCGGCAAAUCCCCAACAAAAAUAUGCACCUACUCGCUCUUUCAUCAAAUCAAUCAUAAUUGCUACUUAGAUUUCACCAAACUGUACAUUAAAAAAGUUUCCAUAAAUUUAAAAAUUAGUUAAUAAAUCAGUCAAGUGUGAAGAUUUUGAAAAUCAAAUAGAUUAUUAAACCAGUAGAGUUAAAUGUUCAAAAGUUUAAAGAUUUAAUUGGGGCUAAAUUAAAUAUAAUAAAAUAACUUUUUGUAUUUUAUUAUUUUAAAUCAAUUAACUAGUAAAACAUCAUAUGGAUAUAAUCAAUUUUUCAAUGUUUUGACUGAUUCUUUCCGUUUUUAAUCGGUUUGCUAAUUGGUUUUUCCAUGAAUUGGAUCGAGUUGGUGGCCUGUAUCUCGAUUCAUUCAAUUGAAUCGGCUAGUUCGGUUCGGUUUAGAACCGUGCUCGUUAUGUAAUAUAUUAUAUAUGAAGAGUGCUAGGGGGUCAGCAAGUUUUGUGAUUUGUAGCCAUCAAUUAAUCAUCAUUGGUAUUUUUAAUGGUGUGAGAUUUCAUCUAAUGGUGUGAGAUUAUUCACUUUUCUUUUGCUGGCUAGGUGCUGGCCAGAUUUUAAUAACUGGCCAGAUUUUAAUAAAAGUGCUGGUCCCUUAGACUCUCUUUAUAUAUAUUACUUCACACAUUUUUCUAACAAUGAUGAAUCACUGUGUUGGAUUUUGAUAAUUAUUUCUCCAUUAAAUUACUUUUUCUAGUUUUCUAUUUCUUUAACUCCUCCCAACACCAAUCCCACAAAAGCGAUUGCCACUAUCAACAACAUCAUCAUCCCUGUCACCAUUAUAGAUGUCAUUAACCACCAUCACCAACACUGUUGCUGCCACCAUCACGACCACCAACAAGUCGAAAAAGGUCAAGGGGAAGGGUGGAAGGGUAGAAGGAGAGUUUGAUAAUGUCGUCAAGCUUGGGAGAAAAGGACGUUGUAAUGGUCGCAAUUGGCACUGUCAAGGUGGGUUGAGAGAAGAAAUCGGAGGAUGGAGAUGGUGGUUAUAAAUGUUGGAUGAAUGAGAGUCAUGAGUUUUUUUGUUUUUUUCGUAGUAGUGAUGGUGACGAUGGAUUGAGGGAACGAAAUAGGUGGUGGUGAUAGCAGUAACAAGGGUUAGA